AUGAAAAGAGCAGGAAAAUCAAAGAAAAGGGUUUGCAAGAAACAAUGGAUGAAAAGAGAAGAAGAAGAUGAAAGAGAGUUUCCGAAAUGGAUGACACAUUACUGUAGUGAUCACCAAAUACUUUUGGUUGGUGAUGGCGAUUUCUCAUUCUCCCUUUCCCUCGCUAAAGCAUUUGGUUCUGCCGAUAACAUUGUUGCUACUUCUCUCGACACCAAUGCCGAGGUUACCAAGAAGUACAAGAAUGCAAAGUCAAAUCUAGAAGAAUUGCAGAAGCUGGGAGCAUACUUGUUACAUGGAGUUGAUGCUACAAAAAUGAAAUUUCAUCCAGAUUUAAAAAUGCGAAGGUUUGAUCGCAUAAUAUUCAACUUUCCUCAUGCAGGCUUUUACGGGAAGGAAGAUAACUCAAUGAUGAUCAAGAUGCAUAUGGAUCUUGUGUUUGGAUUCUUCAAGAACGCAACUCACAUGCUUAGGAUCAAUGGUGAAGUUCAUGUCAAUCACAAAACUACUCCUCCUUUUGAUACCUGGAACAUAGAGAAGCUCGCCGAGCAAAGCUUUCUGAUGAUGAUCGAGUGUGCUGAUUUCAAGCAAGAAGAUUAUCCAGGUUAUAACAAUAAGAGAGGUCAUAGAUCUCGAUGUGAUGACCCGUUUCCUCUUGGUAAGUGCAGUACUUUUAAGUUUGUAUACAAUCCUAGAAGUAUGAAAGACCUUUUGAGGAGAAAUCAUGUGGAGGUUUCGAGACAGCAAGAGAUUCAGAACAUGGAGCGAUUUCCAGCUGCAGUUUAUCUCAAUUAUCAUCCUCAAACAGGUUUCGUUCAAAAACCGAAUCAACUCGAUUACUACCCUCAGACAAGUCACUUUCCAAAAACAGAUCAACUCGAUCAUGAUCCUCAGACAAGUCACUUUCCAAAAGCAGAUCAACGCAAUCAUCAUCCUCAAAGAGUUGCUUCUUCUGCUGACCAUUAUCGUUAUGCUCGCGAUACGACACAUGACACUCAAAGAUUGCUAUACCCACCAAUGGAGUCAAGUUACAACCAAUUUUCGCAACUGUGGCAGAUACCAACUAAUUGUAGACUUGGUUUGACAGAACACCAUAGAAGAACAAUGGAUGUUAGAAUGGAUGGCUACCGCCAAUAUCAACAAGUCUUUGAAAGAAGCUCAGCAUAUUUGGAAGAAGAACUUAAUAGAAAUGCUGAGAGGCCAGGUAACUGUUAUGAUAUAGCAAGGCAUGAGUUGGAGAGGUACAAUGCUGAAGUUUGUAGGAGAAAUCUAUGUUAUGCAAUGAGUAUGUAGAUGCUACAUAGAAGGAUGAUAUUUUGUUACAUACUACAGCUAGCUAUAUGGAGUUGUGAAACUGGUGAUUUUGUUAGCAACAUUCAGUUUGUGCAGGAUGCUUGCAUGAAUGCUAUAAGAAAUUAAUCUUUAUAGCCUUUAUUUAUCAUUAAGUUGACAUGUUCACUUGUCAUUAUAGCUUUUAUUUUCUUUUUUGAUACUCCAUUUGUUUCAUAUUAUUUGUCAUACAUGUGUCAAAUGGAGUAACACCUCUCCAUUUCCAUGUAUUUAA